CCAAGUUUUUUUCAGCUUUCUCUCCACAAAUGAGUGGGAGAAUUUAUGUUGUGAUAUUCUUCUGCUGGGCAGCCCUUACUAUCAUCACCCCCACUCUCAUUCUCUUGUCGGAGACUUCGAAACCCUACUCUGAAUUACAAGAUGAGGGAAGUAGAGGAAUCAAGGCUAGAAGAUUGAUAGGAUAUGCAGUGAAACAUCGAAUGAUCACAACAACUGCACAAGAAUCUGCACCUUCACCUGCACCGGCACCAAGUCCAGAGACAGGUUCGAGGACUAGCGGAAUCGAUCUUGCCAAGGUCUUCUCAGAAUCAUUGAGAUUGGUGAUCAGAAAGACUAGACUAAGGUUGAAGUGAGUCUUUUAGUUUAGUUCUUUUUCUUUUGAUGCCUGGAAGUAGCUUCUUUAAGCUGCUCACAUGGUUAAAGCGUCUCUGAUCAUAUUUGGAAGAAAAUUGUAAGUGUGAAGGGGAAUUAGGAAAGCUAUUGCCCUGGUUUUCCAGUAAAUAGGUAGGUAAGUGGUAUCAAUUGUACUGAUACAAACAAAUGAUACAUAAGCAUAAGCUCUAUUUAUUACAAGUAGUUUUAUUUAGCUACAUGUGAAUCAACAACCUAGCUAAUAAUGCUUAAAC